AUGACGAAAGUACCUCGUAACUUCAGACUACUCGAAGAACUUGAGAAGGGAGAGAAAGGGAUUGGCGAUGGAACUUGCAGUUAUGGUCUUUCAAAUGGUGAUGAUAUAUAUAUGAGCGAUUGGAAUGGAACAAUCAUAGGACCUGGUCAUACUGUUCACGAGAAUCGGAUUUAUAGUCUAAAGUUGCAUUGCGAUGAGAAUUAUCCGGAUGGUCCUCCAGCUGUUUAUUUUAUCUCUCGUAUUAAUUUACCAUGCGUUAAUCAGCAUACUGGCAAGGUUGAACCAAGUAAAUUGAACUGUCUUGCUAAUUGGAAAAGGACAUACACUCUGGAAACUGUGUUAACUGAGUUAAGACGAGAGAUGUCUACUGCUCACAAUAGAAGGUUACCUCAACCUCCUGAAGGAACUACUUUCUAA